CUGGCCAACCGAAUCAAGAGGGUCUCUACUUUUCCUCCCGCUGUCACCUCCUGGCCUUCUAUAAGUAAACAAAUGUAUUGAAGUAUUUUUGUUCGUGUGUGUAUUACGUGCAUGAUUCCCUGACAAGGAUCGUCUCUUUCAUUAUUUUUUGUUCUAUCAGUAUUAGGACCAAUAAUUUAGGAAACAAAUAUCUCCUUGUCAUUUCCAUUGCCUUGCUGAGUUGGUGAAAGUCAGGUCUUAUCCAAAUGUUUUUUUUCCUUUGCUAGAUGGACACGGCGGUGUCCCUUUCAGCCUGUGAAAGUUACUAUAUAUAUUGCUGGCCUUCAUGUUUAUAGUUGCAAGUGACCGAAUAAACAAUAUUUUCAUGUCGAGAGAUGAUGGAAAUGAAUGAGAAGAAAUUCCUCACUGUAGCACCGUUUGAGUGUGCUUGGAGAAAAGAUUUGAAAUUCCGGGAAGCCGGUAGGGGUUGUGUGGCCUUUGAUGCUUUUGCUCAUAAUGAUGUAACUGUGGUGUUUAGGGAAAAUGUGGGGAGCCAGCACUACCAUUACAAAAGGGACAAUAGUCCUCAUUACACUGUAAUCAUCGGAAGUCAUAGAAAUCGGAGAUUGAAAAUCGAGGUGGAUGGGAAAACAGUGGUUGAUGUGGUGGGGGUUGUGCUUUGUUGUUCUUCAGCAUUUCAAAGCUAUUGGAUCAGUGUUUAUGACGGGUUGAUUAGUAUUGGCAAGGGUCGGUACCCUUUUCAGAAUCUUGUAUUUCAGUGGCUUGAUUCAAAUCCAAAUUGUAGUGUUCAAUAUGUUGGGCUUAGUAGUUGGGAUAAGCAUGUGGGUUAUAGAAAUGUCAAUGUGCUGCCCUUAACCCAGAAUCAUAUUUUUCUGUGGAAGCAAGUGGACUGUUGUGAAUACAGAGGGGAUGAGGAAUGCGACGAGGAGAUGGAAGAUGAGCAUGCAGGCUUUGACGAUUGGGGACUUGGAAAUUUUCUUGAGAGCUGUGAAUGGUCUGAUGUCUUCUUCAUUGUUGGUGAGGAGGAAAGGCCUGUUCCUGCUCACAAGGUUAUCUUGCAAGCAUGUGGUAAUUUUCUGUCAAGUUCAUUGGAUGGAGAUGUUAUUCCGCUGCAGGGGGUAACAUAUCCAACUCUCCAUGCACUUCUUCAAUAUAUCUAUACAGGCCAAACCCAGAUUUCAGAGUCACAACUUGGCUCCUUGUUGGCUUUGAGUUCUCAGUUUGACGUGGUGCCACUGGUGAAACAGUGUGAAGAAACUAUUGAAAGGUUUAAACAAAAUAAAAAAUUGUUUGACUCAGGUAAGAUUGUGGAACUAUCAUAUACCAUCUUUCAGCCCCACUCUGGUACAAUAUUCCCAGCUGGACUCCCAGUUAAUCCUGAAAAGCUUCGGAAGUUGCAUUUGACGGGUGAGCACAGCGAUGUAAGCAUUUAUGUUGAAGGCCACGGUCUUGUUGCCCAACCUCAUAGGAUUAUUCUCAGUUUAUGGAGUGUUCCAUUUAUGAAGAUGUUUACAAAUGGAAUGCGUGAGAGCCAUUCUUCAAAGGUUUGCUUAUGGGAUGUAUCUGUAGAAGCAUUCAACGCAAUGCUUGAAUUCAUGUAUAGCGCAGAACUCAAUGUGAAAGAAAAUAUGGAGUUUGGUACCAUUUUACUCCAGCUUCUUUUAUUGGCUGAUCAAUUUGGAGUAACUCCUCUUCAUCAGGAAUGCUGCAAAAUGAUUAUAGAAUGCCUCUCGGAGGACUCAGUAUGUACAAUACUUCAAGUGGUUUCAUCCAUUCCAUCAUGUCAGCUCAUUGAAGAGGUGUGCAAGAGGAAAUUCUCAAUGCACUUUGACUAUUGUACCACUGCAAGUCUUGACUUUGUCCUGUUAGAUAAGACAACAUUUAGCACUAUCAUUCAGCAUCCGGAUCUUACGGUAACAUCAGAAGAACGGGUUCUCAAUGCAAUUUUAACAUGGUCCAUGAAUGCAAAAGAAUUUUGUGUGGGGGAGUUGGUUGAUGAGCUUAUAGUAAAUUCAAAUCCUGAACUGCUUUUUAAGGAGAGGUUUGAGUCACUCAAUGACUUGCUUCCCUAUGUGCGAUUCCCUCUUCUUUCAUAUGUGAUGCUUAAGAAGCUGGAAAACAGCAACCUCUGCAGGCACAUUCCUAUCAUGGAUAAUCUUGUCAAAGAGGCAAUUGGUUUCCUAGAUAUUGGAUUGACAGGCCCAGGCUAUGACCAAAAUGUAAGAUUCCAACACAGGCGAUCUAGCUUUAAGGAGCUGCAGUACAUAUGUGAUGGCGACAGCAAUGGCGUUUUGUACUUUGCAGGCACAUCUUAUGGUGAUCAUCAGUGGGUUAAUCCUGUUUUGGCAAAGAAAAUCACAAUUAGUGCUAGUAGUCCCACUUCGAGAUACACUGACCCCAAGGCUUUGGCUUCCAGAACUUACGUGGGAACAUCUUUUGCUGGGCCAAGGAUAGAAAAUGGGCGUACUACCUCAUGGUGGAUGGUUGACCUUGGAAAUGAUCAUCAGGUUCUAUCUCUAUCUUUUUUAUAUAUCUCACUAUAUGUUGCUCUAGAAGUUAUAAUCAAAUUGUUGAAACCAUUGGUUCUUUGUUGUUAAAUUAUGCAUCUUUCUAGGGCAUGUAGAUGUGAGGGUCAAAUUUGUCGGUUUUCUCAGAAUAACCUCAUCUUGAAGACCAACAAUCUAUCCUUCAUGUGCUAUUGAUGUAAAAACUAGAUGACAUGCUUAUGAUAUGGUCUUGGUUUUUUUUUUUAUAAUAGAAAAAAAGUAUUAUUAAGAGAAAUUAAGAGAGAUACAAUCACGGAGAAUAAGGCAUCCUCAUUUUCUAUAUAUGUGAUUUAUGCAGUUCCUAAGAUGAUGGAUUAUAUAAUCCGUUGUUUGAAAUUCCACCCUGCUGAUAACACACAUGUUGAGAGCAAUGGAUUCUCAUCCACUACUAGAGGUAUCAGACAUAGAAAACUUUAGGCUAUAAAUGGAAGAAAGUGUUUUUAUUUUCCUCCAAAGGAGUAGGCUGCCAGAUUGAUUCUGGUUUGAAGUAGAAGGGGUGUAGUCUAGGCACGGUUAUAGAGUAGAAUCGAGUAAGAUGGAAAUAUAUGUUGGGAUUUAAGUUUGCACAUGCAUUCUGGAUGUCCUUCCACGUUUUUUAUGCACGGUUAAGUAUCUUUCUGCAGUGUGUACAAUCUGAGA